AUGUCAGGCGCACGGCACUGGGAGCAAGACAAGGAAGCCACCGUCUACAUUGGCAACAUCGACGAACGGGUUACAGACAGCCUGGUAUGGGAGCUUAUGCUGCAAGCUGGGCGCAUUGUCAACGUCCAUCUACCAAAGGAUAGGGUUACCCAGACACAUCAGGGCUAUGGCUUCGUCGAGUUCAUCAGCGAGGAGGAUGCCGAGUAUGCGGCGAGAAUUAUGAAUCAGGUCAGAUUGUAUGGAAAGCCGAUUCGAGUCAACAAGGCCUCCGCAGACAAACAGAAGCCUAUCGAAGUCGGCGCAGAGUUGUUUAUAGGCAAUCUCGACCCAAUGGUGGACGAAAAGACUCUCUACGAUACCUUCUCCCGCUUCGGAUCCCUCCAAGCACCUCCCAAGAUUGCACGCGAUGAAUCUGGGCUUUCCAAGGGCUAUGGUUUCGUCUCGUACGCCACCUUCGAAGCAUCGGACGACGCUAUCGCGAACAUGAACGGCCAAUACCUGAUGAACAAAGACGUGAGCGUACAAUAUGCCUACAAGAAAGACGGAAAGGGAGAGCGACAUGGUGACGAGGCGGAGAGAAUGCUUGCUAGCUCGGGCCAGAAGAACAACGUUGUUCCUGAGGCACAAACUAUGCCGGCGCAACUAUUGAUGAACGGAAACGUACCCCAGGGACCAGCUGCGAUGAUGGACCCCGGAAUGGGUAUGAACAUGGGCACACCACAAGGAGCAUACGGAGGACCGCCACCUAAUCUCCCACCUGGAUUUGGAGGUAGACCCGGAGGAGGAUACAACUCAGUUCCGCCACCCCAGCCACAGCAAGUAAUGGCUCAGAGACCGAACAUGCCCCUUCCACCUAUACCUUCUGGACUCCCGCAGCGCCCUCCUCCUUCGCAAGCUGGAUACGGUGGCCCUCAAGACUUCCACCCUCCCGGGAAAGAGGCAAAGAGACUCAGAGAGCAUGUACAAGAGGCCUUUGGAUGGGCAGCAAAAUUUUUGCUCGGUGUUAUCAGGUGGGCAUGGCAGGCGUUCAGGGGAGCUUCAGUUAGGUCACUUUCCAGCGCGCAUUCACCAGCUGCUCGCUGGUGCAAGGAUGUGGCUGCCGGUUUUGGGAUCCGGGGUGGUUGUGGUACUCUCCGAUCUCCAUGCGCAAGUGAGACUGCUCCUGUCCCUAUUAAGGAUGGGCCAGCCAGAGCUCCCGUGCGUGGCUUACUUGGGGCCGGGAAAGCGGAUAGAUACCAUGCUAGCUAUCCUGGCUUAUGUUUCGAGUCUGAUGACAAGGUUUCUCUCAAGCCGGAGGAGGACGAGAAGGAGGAGGAGGAGGAGAGUGGAGCUCUCUCGCCCAGCCUCAAAUAUAAGAAAGGAAGACAGAAGCGAGUCUCCCCCCUCUAUGUACCGCUGGGUGUCCAGACGUCUGUCUGGAUUCCGGAUCUCCCAGAGACGGCGGAGGAGAAGGAGAAGAAGAAGCCUGCGCUAGAGGGUGGAGCAGAUCGCUGUGCGUGGGCGGCAGACAGUCGCCCGUCUGAUCGCUUUUGCUGCAUGUUUACCCUUUCGCAGAUCGUAGUUUCUAUCCACGUGUCUGGUCUUGUAGGAGACGAAGCUUCACUAGCUAGCACAGCACGACCCAAGCGCCGCAAGCUCUGGCAAAGCUCGCGGCGUCAAGAAAGGGCAAGCUCCUCCUCCCUCCGGCAGGUGCACCUGACCCCCUUUUUGCACUCGAGGUCUACCGGUACUGUAAAGCUUGCGCAUCCGGCCACGCGAGACUCACAAGCCCUCAUGCUCGCAAGCACUAGGAAUCCGCCUCGAAUAAUUCUGCUUCCAGCUCUGCGUCUACGCUACGGAAAAGCCUGGUUAGUCUUUUCACCACCGCAGUACCGCAGUACCGCAGUACCGCAUCUCACCUCCUUCUCCCCGGCUGCUUGUCGACAAGCAGAGCAACGCAGAGAAAGCCGUUGA